AUUAUUUGUUUUCUUUUUCAAAUAAUUUCAGAUUUGACAGCACAAAGGAGUCGGCCAUUUUAUUGCUGGUUGGUGAACGGGGGGUGAAGUGAAGCUGUGGCUAGGCGCCCAGUGUAGCAUUGUUGUAUUUUUAUUGAGUUAUUUUUCUAAAUAUCCGUUUUAACCACGUACAAAACAGUAUACGUACUUAGUGUAAGUUUAGGUGUAUUUAUGUAUUGAGUCGGAAGAGCAAUGGACGAUCCAAAUAGGAUGAUGGCGCACAGCGGCGGGCUUAUGGGGCCGCAGGGCUACGGGCUGCCUGGCGGCGAGGGAGCUCCGGCUGCUGGCGAGGGCGAAGCUCGCAAACAAGAUAUAGGCGAAAUAUUGCAACAGAUCAUGAAUAUCACAGACCAGAGUCUUGAUGAAGCACAAGCGAGAAAACACACGCUCAAUUGUCACAGAAUGAAGCCUGCCCUAUUUUCAGUGUUGUGUGAAAUCAAAGAGAAAACAGUCCUGUCCCUCCGCAACACGCAAGAGGAGGAGCCUCCAGAUCCGCAGCUGAUGCGCCUGGACAACAUGCUGAUAGCUGAGGGGGUGGCCGGCCCGGAGAAGGGUGGAGGUGCGGGUGCCGCUGCCUCGGCCUCUGCUGCUGCUGGGGAAUGGGACAACGCGAUCGAGCACUCUGACUACCGCGCGAAGCUGGCGCAGAUCCGGCAGAUCUACCACCAGGAGUUGGACAAGUACGAGAACGCCUGCAACGAGUUCACCACGCACGUCAUGAACCUGCUGCGCGAGCAGAGCCGCACCAGGCCUAUUACGCCUAAGGAAAUCGAGCGCAUGGUGCAGAUCAUCCACAAGAAGUUCAGCUCCAUCCAGAUGCAGCUGAAGCAGUCCACCUGCGAGGCUGUCAUGAUACUGCGCUCACGUUUCCUCGACUCGCGCCGGAAGCGACGCAACUUCACCAAGCAGGCGCUCGAGCUGCUCAAUGAGUACUUCUACUCGCACCUCGCCAACCCCUACCCCAGCGAGGACGUCAAGGAGGAGCUCGCCAGGAAGUGCGGCAUUACUGUCUCACAGGUGUCCAACUGGUUCGGCAACAAGCGCAUUCGCUACAAGAAGAACAUCGGCAAGGCGCAGGAGGAGGCCAACCUCUAUGCCGCCAAGAAAGCUGCCGACCUGCCUUGGGUUGGCGCGGGGCGCGAUGCUAGCUCUCCGCCCGCCAGAGCAACCGCCUAUUACACUGCAGGCGCGUCGCCGUACUCGAUGGGCGCGGCGUCGGGCACGGCCACGCCCAUGAUGUCGCCGGCGCCCACGCAGGACUCCAUGGGCUACUCGCUGCCGGCGCCGGGCUACGACCAGCCACAGCCUAGCUACGACGGAUCCAUGGGCUACGAUCCCAUGCACCAGGACCUGUCGCCGUAGGCCCCACCUGCAGGUUACGGGUUCGACACAUAAUUGUGCAGCUUCCACAGAAUUGCCAUUUACAUUUACUAUUAUAACGUUAAGUAGGUCCGGUACAUACGAACUGCCGCGCACACCGGCGGCCUAGCCUUAGCUCAUAGGACAUUGUAUACUACACCAUAUACUUAGACUACAUAUUACUAGCGAUAUUUUUGGAAGGAAAUGUAAUGAAACGUAUUUUUAUUUGUAUUACGAACUAUAUGACUGGCACCCAGUAUUUGUUUAAUCAAUUUAUAUUAUACAAUUUUAUUUUUAUUAUUAUAGCUAUUGUAUUAGAAAUCAAUUUUCAAUGGCAACUAUUUUAUAGUAUUAUUGUUUUAACCAGUGACGUUGGUUUUGAAAUUAUUUGUUUUAUAUUAUUUUUGGAAAAGUAAUUAUUUGGGCAGUAUUAGUAAUUUAUAAACAAAAGUUUAUCAUCACAUCGAUAUGGCGGGGAUCUCGUGUUUCUAUUCGUUCUAAUAAUCUUUUACUCUACGGUGGUUAUAAUUAUACGAUAGAUGUAAGAUGAACUAGUGUAAUAUUGUUAGAUGUAAGUUCAGAUAUUUUGUGCUGACUAGUGUCUUGUACGACGUGCGUCCGUGUUUGUACACACUUGUUAUUUACACUGCUUCAUCAAUACGUAUUAGAUUAAUGUGACAUUACUCAGCAUCGAUUAAAUUAAACUAUAGGUAUGUACGGAAAUCAAGUAUACGCUAUAGAAGUGGAAACAGUGUCGUUUUCACACGCUCAGUGUCCGCUCCAACAAUAAUAUUAUACACACAUUUUAUAAUUAUUAUAAAAUUAUUACGACUUUAUGUACAGAGAUAGUGUUAUAAUAAUAUAAAUAUAAUAACCGUACGAGCACGCUAACUGCACUUUUAACUUAUGUAUACGCAACCAGAUAUAAAUAUUAAUCAUAUUUUUAUAUACAUUUGUUAUUGCUGGAAUGUGGAUUGAGCUAUCGAAGCAUUAUUUUAAAGCAGUGUAGAUCUAAAGUUCUUCAUAUAAGCACGGACACACAGACUUGUGUGCAAUUUUAAUAUUUUAUUAGCAAUGGUUGUGUUAGUGCGCACACGCAACUUGGCCCUUACUGAUCUAAAUGUGGAGCCGUUUUAAAAUACCAGUCAAUUUUAAUCGAUUAUAAAAUAUUGUAUUCUAUUUUGUUUGUUCUGGGCCGGAUUUCAUAUUACCCUGGUGUUGUUCAAACAAAGCAUCAGGUAGUAGUAACUACAUAUUUAGCACUGAAUUCGGCUCUGGUCACGCUAAACCAGGAGUUGUGAAUAUCAGAACAAAAUAUUUUAAUUAUCGUGGUGCUAAAAUGUUGGUAGCACAAUUUUAUUUUACUUGUUAGCCGUAAGUUGAAUGUUAUUUUAUUUCGUCGUACAUUUUCAUCGCGAGCAUUACGAGAUCUUAACGAUUGUAACUUAAAAUUAGUUCCACUUAGAGAUAGUUUGGAUAUGAAAAAAAAAAUGCUAGUGUUAAGUUAAUGUGUUCUAAAACAAAAUAUCUGAAACAGUAUACGAGAUAAAAAACGAAAAUUUAAUUGAUGUUUUAACGCUGUGGAACAUUGUAAUUUGACGUGCCGCCACCGAUCGCACCUUUCUUACUCGUUCACGAUAAAUUAUUUAUUAUAACAGUUGUAAUGUUAAUAUAGAGCCAUAGUCGGGCGGGGCGGCGCGGACACACAUGUAUACGACGACGAGUUCAAUGUUAUUGCGACCAUCAGAUUGACUAAAAUACAUUUUUGUGUAGUUAAA